CAAUCGUGCCAAGGAGGUCUUUGGUGCCAGCUGCCGGACGGAACCGUUUUGCGUGGUCAUGUUUCAGCCGGACCUUGUUCGGCCUCGCCAAGAUGGCUGCCUGCUCCCGUACCGUAUUCAAAGUUGCUGCAGGAUGUCGGCGGCAGCUACUCAGCGGCAGCGUUUCCUCCUCCAAUUUUCCCUCCAACAACAUUCCCGUUCGAACUUUAGCUGCCGUCAAGCAAGCUUGGAAGAAGGGCAAGAAGGAUGAGGCGGCCGCCGUGCCAGAGGUGAAGAAAGAGAAAAGGGUGGUGAAUGACUCGGGCCGCCACAAGCCCUUUGGGAAGACGGCGUGGGUGCCUGUGGACGACGUCUACAUCCUGAGGUACUACCCCAGGACCAUCUAUGAACCUUCUGAGGCCAUAGAACUGCUUAAGAGCUUCCAAACUUUGGACUUCACUCCGCAUGACCAGCCCGUCUACGUGGACCUCAAGCUGGACAUGAAACUGGAGAAGAAGAAAAAGAUCGACCCGUUUGUAAGCACAGUGCAUCUUCCUCACCCUUUCAAGGAAGAUAUGAACAAAGUUUUGGUUUUUACCGAGGAUGCUAACCAAGCGAGAGUAGCUCGGGAGUGCGGAGCUGCGAUUGUCGGAGGCAGCGAGCUCAUUCAGCAGAUCUUAGACGACGAGGUGGUGGCCGACUUCUACGUGGCCGUGCCGGAAAUGCUGCAGAAACUUGUGCCGCUGAAAAACAAACUGCGAAAGAAAUUCCCCAAGAGCAAGAGGGGCUCAGUUGGCGUCAACAUCCCCAAAAUGCUGUCACUGUUCCGCACGGGUCACGAGUACACGGUGGAGCGCGAGUGCUACGUCUGGACGCAGGUGGCCACGCUGGACUUCUCCACCGUGCAAAUCCUCGCUAACCUGCAAAGCAUCCUGACCGACGUCCGAUCACAUCGACCCGCCGACAUGGGGCCCCUGAUCGAGCGUGCCAUCCUAUCCAGUCACACCAGUGAAGCUGUGUGGUUCAAAAGUGAAAGUCUUCAACCAGAAACACCCGAAGACCACAAACAGCAAUAACAGCCUCCUGUGGAGAUUUUCUACUUAUUAUUGUUCUUAUUAUCAAGAAUAAACAUGAUCAUGCGAGAUGGGUCGCGUCCA